AUGAAGACACAUCUGCUCCUCGCAAUAGAAAGAUCAUCGUCUUCAGGCAAGUUCCUGCCACAGAGCGAUCUCGAAGGCCUCAUCAGCACGGCCAACGUGCUCAGCAUCCUCCUGGAAUCGGAGCCUCCAGAACGCAUCAGCAAUCCGGUGCAGAGCAAGGGGCUAGGCAGGAAGCUGGGCAGGAGGCUGGGCUGGAAGCUUUUGGAGAGACUGCCCUUCAAGCAGCCCGAACGCACAUCACCUGAAGCAGCCGAGGCUGAAGGGCUAUCCAAGAAAAUAGCUCGGCCCACCCACGAUAACCAACUCAAAACACCGGGCGAUCGGCAGCCACACAACUGCAGUGGCUAUCGCAAAAUCUUUGCCAUUCUACUGCUUGUAGACCGAAUCAACAAGCGGCGCUAUUUUAUCGAGGCUGGGCUCGAGCUCGAGUUCGUUCGGAUCUUGGGACAUGCCGGAGUUGAUGCGUUCACGGAGCAGCAACGAAUAGUCUGCGUGGCGACUCUGAGAGCACCAAGCGCGGAGCACAUGCCUCGCUUUGACAUUCCCACAUCUGUGACAUUGCCGUGGACCACGUGCGAGACUAUAUACGUCAACCACACGACCGUUUUCAAAAUCAGGAUAUAUGGCGACUACUACGGCUUUGGCGAAAACAAGGCCACAAAAGACAAACCCGAGUUUUUCGCCCUCAAGAAGUUCUUCGAUCCGGGAGAGUUCAACAGACAGCGGCUCCUACUCAGUCACAUUCGCAAGCACAAGCACCAGAACAUACCCGUGGCCAGCAUCACCAAAGGAAGGGACCACUAUCUCGUCUUUCCAUGGGCCGAGAUGGACCUUCUGAGAUACCGGAAACACCAGAUGAUCCUGAACCCUGGAGACCCCAUCAACUCGGCCGACGGAGCCUCCGUCACGCAGUGGCUGACGGGCCGGCACGGCAACAUCUAG